AUGCCGUCAACCAACCAAAUCAAUAAUACUGAUCACCAUUAUAGAGAAAAAACUAAUUCUACUAGCAAACUAACUUUGGUCGCUAUCGCAGUAACAAUCGUACUGACAAUAGCUGUUCUUGGUCUUGCCGUAGCCAUCUUGAUCAAGGUUAAUCAGACAACAUCAACAGAAACAGUAACAACUACCUCAGCAUCAUUGAAUUCUGUAUUAGCAGAAUCCAUCCGUAUUCACGAUGUUAUGGGCCAUCUCAAUGAAUUACAACGUAUCGCGACAACAAACAAUGGAAAUCGAGCUGUUAGUACGUCUGGUUUCAAUCAAACUCUCGACUAUAUUACCAACAGUCUAUCCCUCUAUACCAAUUAUAAUGUCAAGAAAAGUUUUUUUACUAUACGACAAUUUGCUCUAGUUAAUAAUCCGAUUUUGAUUUCUUCAAUCAACAGCGUUGUAACAAACUACACCUAUUCAGAUGAUCUUUCUGCAGCUGACUUCUAUCACAUUCAGUUUUCUAUCGCUGCAAAUUUUGCUAGUUUUCAACAGAUAUCCGUUAUUCCUGGCGUUGGUUGUUCGGAUGAUGAGUGGAGCAAAGCCAGUGUGUCACCCGCUGGCAAAGUAGCACUAGUUAAAAGAGGCAUUUGUGCAUUUUCGGACAAAGGCGCACUUGCUGCUAAAUAUAAUGUUCAAGCACUACUAAUUUACAAUGAUGGUGCAUCACCUGAUCGAAUUUCACCUAUUGCAAUUGGUCUUGGUCAACAGAACAAUUUACCUGCGCUAUUUCUUUCGUAUCCUGUUGGUCAAGCACUCGCUGAUGCUGCUCUAAAUGCAACAACAAAUACUGGUGUUCGACUUAUCAUCAAUGUAGAGAAUUUACCAUUGUCACCUAUAGGGAAUAUCUGUGCAGAUACACCCACAGGCGAUGCAACGCAAACAAUUGUUAUUGGAAGUCACAGUGAUAGUGUACCUGCCGGACCGGGCAUCAAUGACAAUGGAAGUGGAAGUGCUGCCAACCUUGGCUUAGCAAUUGCACUCGCGCGACUCUUUCAAACAUCUUCCUAUGAGAAAUAUAAAUAUCGUAUUCGAUUCUGUUGGUGGGGUGCAGAAGAAAUUGGUUUACUUGGUUCUGAUGAUCAUGUCAAACAAGCAAAAGUGGCCACUGCUAUAGGUGAACGUCUUCAAGAUUAUCUCAUCAAUUUGAACUAUGAUAUGCUCGGAUCACCGAACUACAUCUUUGGUAUCUAUGAUGGUCAAACAGCAAACAAUGCUACACCAGCACAAGCACUUCCAGGUAGUAACAAGAUCAGUGCACUGUUUCGUGACUGGUUUGAAAGUCAAAAGCUACCAUGGGACUUUACUGACUUCAGUGGUCGAAGUGAUUAUGGACCGUUUCUAGCUGAAGGUAUCGUUGCAGGUGGAUUGUUUUCGGGUGGCGAUGAUAUUAAAUCACAAGAGCAGCGUGAUCGAUAUGACAGAUUACUUGGACAAGGUGCGGGUGGAAUCGCUGGUGCUAUUCAAGAUCCAUGCUAUCAUCAAGCAUGUGAUUCCAUUCAGAAUAUUAACCCAUUUGCGUAUGAAAAGAUGGUUCAAGCAGCUGCUUACGCUUUAGAAUACUUAGCUCGGCAAGGCGAUUUGCAAACGUAUCUCUAUCCAAACGGUAGACCUACGCGUACAAGUGGUCAAUCGUCACGACAGAAAUAUGACUCUAUUAACGAAUAUUUUCGUAUGCCAUAUCUAUGA